UUCGUUCCCUACCACCAUCUUACUACUGUCAACGAUGCGCUCCUUCUUUGCACUCCUCCUGCUCGCCCUCCCCCUCCUGGCAGCAGCUACCACUCCCCUGCAGGGCGCAGCCUCCCGCUCCAUCUCCCGCAAAGCCAACGUCCACCCCCUCGCACGCUCUCUCGUAGGACGGCAACUCACCGCCUGUGCCUCAUCCUGCUCAUCAACCUCCGACCUCAGCGCCCUCGGCGCGCUCGCAUCAUGCAGCUCCUCGGAUAUAAACUGUGUGUGCACGAACGCUGAGCAGCUGUCUUCCACCUGCCUCUCCUGCGUCCUCACCGCUGAGAACCUCUCCCCAUCCGAUCUCGCAACUGCUUGCGCUGGGGGUGGCUCAAGUGGGACAUCCGCCGCUACUACUGGAGCCAGCAGCCCCACAUCGAGCAGCAGCGUAGGGUGCGCGACGGAGUGCAGCGCUGCGUCUGAUCAAAAUGGCUUGACAGUGAUCACCAACUGCGCAUCCACCGACAAUGCCUGCGUCUGCAACGCCGCCGGAACGCUCUCCACCACCUGCCUCGACUGCACCCUCGCGGCAGCUAACAUCACUCCCGACCAAUGGACAGCCGACUGCUCCGCGAUCAGCGCCAGCUCUGCGGCUACGCAGACUUCCACCACGGGGAGCAGUGUCACCCUUGGUGGGCAGGCGCCUACCACUGCAACCCAGUCAACGACCUCUACCAGCACCACUUCGACCACAAGCAGCACGACGACCACCUCUAGCGCAGCUGCUACUACUACUGCAACUCAUUCUGGUGCGGGCAAGGUCGUCGUUGAGGGGCUCGUGGGCCUCGUGUUCGCAGCGAUGAUCGCUGUCGCAUAAGCGCAUCUCAGAUGGGGAACAAGUGGAUGUGCUUAUGAACCUCGAAAAAGAUCGUUGUUGUUUCUAUUGUUCCCCCUUCAUCUAUUGUUGUUGGUAAAAUUGGACUAUUAUUGUUCGCCCUGAGGCGCUUAUCCUCAUUGUCGUGCC